UUUGAUAAUUGCUCAGCACACAUGUUCGCAGACGACCUGUGUGCCAUGCGCGCGGGUACGGACCUCGCGGAGACCUGCCGGCUCGUACAGACUGAUAUAGAUGCAUUAGUCAAAUGGUCACAUGACAAUGGAAUAGUCUUAAAUACUGAUAAAACUAAGCUUUUAAUCGUACACUCACCAUACCUAUUCCAACCUCUCAGUCAAACAUAUUCCAUGUUCACCCACACUUUUGAAUGCAUCCAUAAUAAAUUUAAAACUUGUAUUUGUAAACCGAUUGAACGCGUGAAAACUGUUACAUAUCUGGGCAUGAGGGUGGAUGAACAUUUUUCUUGGACUAACUACACAUAUAGACUAUUAUAG